CGGUGUGUUUGUGAACCAAACCUAUACCUAUCUACGACAAUGGAUGUUACUCGCCGGUGUAUCAAUUGCUCUAUGAGAUUGGCGCACCAGCGCUGGCGCAUGGUGGAAGAUGCAACAGAGCCUAUGGUGAAUAUUCUUCGUGUCUGGGUAUCACCAACGCCGGUUUCUUCUAAUAGUAGAAUAUGCUUGGAGUGCUUUGGAAUGCUACAACAAGUACCCGAUGGUGUACCAGCCCAAUCGCCCGUGUCUGGACAUAGAAAUGUGUGCUUUGCUUGUGGUAUAUCUAUUCUGCGGGCCCGCACUCAUCUUGUACAUCCAGACAGCCCAGAAAGGAAUGUUAUAAUUAGUUGGACAUUUCCUCAUUUGGUUUCUCAUCUGAAUAGAGUUUGUACUGCAUGCUGGCUUGCUGCUAGGAGAAAUGUUCAAAAACAAACGCGGCAAGAUGCCAAUAGACCUAUUGAAGCCUUCAAUGAGGAAACUGAUAAUAGAGAACCACCACAUAUACCUGUGACGCCUCCACUUCCACAUAUUUCGGUCCCACAACGUCAAGAAACUGCUAGAAUAAUAUCACAAACUUAUUCACGUGUUGCAGCAACCUCAAGACAUUGUAUAUUUUCAGGAUGUGAAAAUGUUGAACGUUUAUUGGUACCAACUGGAGUGAAGGAAAUGUUAUUAUGUCGCUAUAGAUUAUACAUUCCAUCUUCUGCUCGUGUCUGCAGAUACCAUUUAGAAAAUGAUUGUUGGGAGCAGUUACAAUCUAAUAUUAGGGAUUUUACUGCAUCACAGAUGGAUCACAUGCUGAAUAUGAUGGAGAGAAUUAAUUUAAGAACGUUGGAUUUCAAUAACAUAAAUAUGAUGCCACCCAAUCUCUGCCAGUAUUGGCUUGGAGUUACAGCUGCUCAGUUCCAUGAACUUUUAGCAGAAAUGCCUAGUCUGCACAAUGAAGUGCCUUCUGCAAGUGUGGCAUUAAGUAUUUAUUUGGCCAAAUUGCGUACCAGUGAUAGCAAUGAAAGGCUCAGUUCUUUAUUUGAAAUGCCCCGAAGCACUUUAGAAAGAAAUAUGAAUAAGGCAAGAAACUGCAUGAGCCAACAGAUGGUUCCUUUACAUUUAGGCCUUAAUCACAUGACAGUGGAAGAAGUUGCAGCUAGGAAUAAAACAAUUCCAGAAGGACUGUUCGGGAAUCCUAAUCCUUCUUCAGAAAUGAGACCCGCUAUUGUAAUAUGUGAUGCUACAUAUGUGUACGUACAAAGCAGUAGCAACUAUUUAUUUCAAAAAGAGUCCUUCAGCUUACAUAAACAUCUUAAUUUGGUGAAGCCGUUCAUGAUAGUUUGUUGUGAUGGCCAUAUCCUUGAUUGUUUAGGUCCAUAUAGAGCGACAGUGAAUGAUGCUACCAUUAUGAGUAAUGAAUUUAGAAAUAGUAAUGGUGAAAUGAGAAGAUAUUUUAGAGAGGGGGAUAUUUUUAUUUUAGAUAGAGGUUUCAGGGAUGUAAUACCUGAACUGAUAGAAUAUGGCUAUCAAGCUCAUAUGCCUGAGUCUUUAUCAGAAGGCGAGCAUCAACUUACGACACAACAAGCAAAUAAGUCGAGAUGUGUAACAAUGUGUAGGUGGGUGGUUGAAGUGGUCAAUGGUCGUCUAAAACGCGACUUCAAACUGUUUCGCCAAGAGUUUUUUAAUAAAGCUGCUAAGCAUUUAAUGAUCGAUUUUCGGAACGGCUGUGCCUUAACAAAUAAAUUGCACCCACUUAUUGAAGACAUACCAGAAGCAGCAGAAUAUUUGGCAAUUGCGGUACGUAGGUUACAUAUAGAUAAUGUUCUUGCUAAUACUGUAAGAAUUGAAAAUUAUAAUAGGCGAAGAGCUACGUUUGUAAGCAUUGAUGCUCACCACCCACAUUUAGAUCAGUUCCCAAGACUUAGCAUAACUGAUUUGAAAAGAUUUGCAUUAGGGACAUACCAGCUCAAGCAAGCUUCUUCAUAUUACGGUGAGCACGUACGAACAAACGGCACUUACACAAUAGAAAUUAAUAACGAAAUUGAAGAAGAUAUUCCUCUUAUUCUGGGCACAAAUCAUUUCUUACUGAGAGGGAGAAUAAAGUCUCGACAUAUUGGUGGCAGAACUUAUUAUGCAUAUUUGUUGAUAAGUAAAGAUGAAAAUGUUGCCAAUAGUGUCGAAGCUAUAUCAGGUUAUUGCUGCAGCUGUCUUGUGGGCAACAGAACUGUAGGUUGUUGUGCCCAUGUUAUGUGUGUGGUGUGGUACCUGGGGUGGGGCAGAUAUAAUGAUGUUACUGCUCCGGCCCAGUUUUUAGAUGACAUAUUUAAUGAAUUCUCAUUUGAAAAUGAAUAA